AUGGCAGGAAAGAACAAGAAGAUUAUUGGGCCUAAAGAAGAGUAUGAAAAAGCAAUGACUCGGGAACAGAGUUGGAUCUUUCCCUUGGAGAAGCUGAAUCUUGGACCACGAAAAAAGUUCCUUGUUAUGAACCUUAACGGGUUAUUUUUGUAUAGAGUUCAUCGUUCUCAAAAAAGUGAACUACCAAAGACUCGUUCAGCUGAUGGGCACUAUAGAGGCUAUCUUGAUUUGAAGUUGGUACUUGGUCUUCUGCAAUAG